UCUCCUAUUACCUACAGUUCUGCAUGCGGUACAGACUCCGUAUCCGAGAUCUGUUGGUAUUAGGAAUUCCAACGCUCGCAAUUCCGUAUCCGAGAUCUGUUGGUAUUAGGAAUUCCAACGCUCGCAAGGUCGGUUGAUUCUUCUCUUUCUCCUAUUAAAGUAGUUCACUUGGAACGGAAUUUUUUAGUUUCAACUGUUUUUUGGUUCCCAAAAUUUUAUUUCCGGCGUAAUUUGAUAUUUGGUCAAGAUUAGCAUGGCUGCUGAAGUUCCAGAGCUUAACCUAGAUGUAAUUGGAGAGAUUGUUAAAAGAAUAGAUACAGUGGAGGAUUUGGUUGUGGUUUCCAGGGUUUGUCCAUCGUGGCGGUUGGCUGCCAUCAAAGAGAAGAAGAAUUGGGUUUCAGGUCGUCAGCUUCCGUGGUUGGUGCUGGCAGAGACCGAAGGAGAGGACGACAGUAAAAGUAGAGGUAGAGGAUUCUUCAGCUUGUACAAGAACAAACGGUACAAUAUUGAUGUUCCAGGGCUCCGUGGAUGUCGAAUUUGGGGAUCUAAUCAUGGUUGGAUCGUUGCCUUUGGUCUCGAUCUUCAAAUACAUCUGGUCAACCCUUUAUCUGGAUCUAAACUUAGUUUGCCACCACAAUCCACCUUCAAAAACCAGCCAAAGUGUCAUCCAUCCCCACAAUGGUAUCGAGAUGUUUUCAUUCAUAAAGCACUUGUGUUGAAAAGGCCAAGUCUUUCCGGAGAACAACUCGUUGUUGCUGCAUGGUAUGGUGGAUGCCACUUCCUGGCCAUAGCUAGACCAGGCGACGAAACCUGGACGGAGGUUGAAUCUGUAUAUCAGUGCGGUCCUUCCCGCAUCAUCCGAGAUGUGGCUUGCUGUAAUGGUCAGAUAUUUGCCCUUGGUUCAUGUGGAACACUAGUGCUUUGUGAAUUUGAUGGACCAUACCCUCCAAAUUCAAUAAUCUUUGCACCUCCACCUGCAGACAUUAAAUUAGCCAAUAAAUUGUACUUGGUGGAAUCAAUGGGUGAUCUUUUGAUGGUUGUGCGAGUUAUGGAUUGGGACGAUGAUUAUAACUGUGGCUAUGAGACGUCUUAUUUUGAUGUUCAUAAGUUCAAUUUUAAGACCAAGGAAUGGACAGAAUUAGAGAACUUGGGUGAUAUGGCGUUAUUCGUCGGUGACAGCUACUCCAUGUCCCUUUCCUCGACUGAGGUUGCUGGUUGUGUGGGCAAUCGCAUCUAUUUUACGGAUGAUAAUUUUGAUCAAUGGGAUAGUGAAAGAGAGAGUUAUGGUGGACAUGAUAUUGGUGUUUUCGAUAUGGAGGAAUGUACUAUUCAUGCGCUUCCUCUGGACUGCAUUGGUGAUGGUUUACGCUCUGCAUUUUCCUGUCCUGUUUGGUUGGUGCCUAGCUUAUUCUAAAAGUUCUAUAUCAUACUGCCGUUGGUCUGUUGUUGGUAGGGGUUUAGUCGUGGACGUUGGGAAUAUUUUUAUUUUAUUUUAUUUAUAUGUAAGACCUGUUUUGACAUAUUUUUUCCUUCAUUGAAUUGAACACUAAUAAGGUAUUGUUUAAUCUUGUUGUUUUAUAUGAUUAUUGAAAAGCAUUUGUUGUUCA